AUGAUCAUGGAUGAAGAAAAGAAAGAUAAAUUUACGGUCGAAAUGGAAGCAAGAAUGUACGCGCCUUUAGAGUGGGAGUCACCGGCGAUAUGCAAAAUACAAGAUCUUAAAGAAGCGCAGUACGAGGAAGUUCUGCGUCUGAUAAAACAUCAUUUCUUUCGAGAAGAGCCCAUGUGCAAAGCAAUAUCCUUACUGCAAGAUCAGAAAUCAGUGAAUGUAUAUCUCGAUUUUAUAAAAACGUGGAUGAAGGAUACCACCAGCUUGGUAGCACUCAGCCUGGUAUCAGGACGCGUCAUCGGAGUCGCCAUUACACGAGUUAACAGUGAUUCGGAUAAAUCCGACACGUAUAAUCGAGUGCAAAAUUUCGAAGGAAACUUGGAGAAAAUUAUGAGUUUAAUCAGCGCUUUAAUGAAACAAGCGGAUGCGUACAAAGAGCUCGAGUGUGACGCGUAUUUUCGAGUUCAUAUCCUUUGCGUCCAUCCCUCUUAUCAGCAGAAGGACAUCGGUGCAGCUCUUUUGAACGCUUGCGUGCGCGUCACGUCCACCCUGAAUUUAGCGGCUAUCGGUGGCGUUUUCACGUCGGGUCGCAGUCAGUCGCUCGCGUUGAAACUGGGUUUGCGCCUCGUCUCGGAAAUCCGUUACAGUCGAUGGAUAGUCGACGACCAGGUUGUAUUCGAUGGUACCGGCAAAGGGAAUUACUCGGCCGCUUUUAUGGGAAUGCGAGUACCUUCCGAGGAAUCGCUUCGCAGAUCGUGA